AUGCAAAAGGAAAUUAUGCAGAGAACCGCUACCUUUCCAAAAUUUGAAGACGAGGAAGACAGGGUGAAAACCUUUCUCAACUGGCCGCACGACAGACCCGACGGAAGGUCGAUGUCGCAAGCGGGGUUCUUCUACGGGGGUUUCGAAGAUAACGCCAGGUGUUUCUUCUGCAGAAUAUUGCUGUGCCGAUGGGAGCCUGACGACCUUCCUCUUUCUGAACACGCCAAACACGGGAGUUCGUGCUUGUGGUUGCGGCGCAAGACGAAGGAAACCCUGAUUUCCAAGAUUAAUUUUGCCUCCGAAUUCGGAUUCGACAGCGACGUGAUCGCAAAGGUCGUGAGCGAUCAUCUCGAGAAGAAAGGACAAGUGUUCUCGUUGACAAACGAAGUUCUGGUCUCGAGCAUAAUCGACUUCGAUGAAAAUGGGGCCGACGACAGGAAAAGGACGGGGUCGAAGAUCCGUCGAAACACGAGGGCUUGGUGUCUCUGA